GCCACGAUGGAGAUGCACACAGCAACUCACAAGUCGGACACCGAGCGACACACCAGAAAAAAGGUCGCGUACGUCGCAGUUCUUGUGCUUGUCAUCAUCCUCAUAUCCGUCAUCGUGGCGAGCUUGGUGCAUCGGAAGAUCCUAGCCGAUUCCUCGGGGGGAGACGCUCCCUGGCACCGCCCGCGCCUGCCCAAGUCCCUCGCUCCUUACCACUACCGUCUGGAGCUGAAGCCUAACUUGGAAGACUCAGUGUUCACGGGAACGGUUGAAAUCAGCCUCCAUUGUUUAGCUCCCACGAGAUAUAUUGUUCUCCACGCCAACCUGUUGAACAUCACUGAAGGCUCGGUAUUCUUAAAGUCGCUACGGGGGGAGAUUUUGACCCUCAGGGACUGGUUUCUUUAUCCCAAGAACGAAUUCUUGGUCUUGGAGUCGAAGACGUCGUUGGAAACGGGCAGGAGAUACGUGAUUGGGAUGAAAUUCCAAGGAAAACUUCUUGAAGACAUGAGAGGUUUUUACCGGAGUUUCUACUCGGCUAACAGCACUCACAACGAUAGACGGUAUUUAGCUGUCUCCCAGUUUGCCCCGAUGGACGCCCGGAAGGCAUUCCCGUGUUUCGACGAACCCGCCAUGAAAGCCACGUUUGACGUCACUCUAGUCCACCAAUCAGAGUACACGGCUCUUUCCAACAUGCCAAUACGCCAAUCAGAAGUGAGAUCGGAAGGCUGGGUGGCAGACCACUUCUACACCACACUGCGCAUGCCUACCUAUCUUCUGGCCUUCGUCAUUGCUGACUUCGGCUAUAAGGAGGGCGUCACUGGUAUCCAUGACAUCGUGGCCUCCCCUCAGAUGCGCGUCCCCGCCAUGGAGAAUUGGGGUCUCGUAGUUUCUCACGAGAACAGGAUGCUCUACGCACCGAAACUCUCGCCUGUGUGGAAGAAAGAAGAAGUGGCGUCCAUGAUCGCACAUGAGCUGGCUCACAUGUGGUUCGGGAACCUGGUGACGCCCGAGUGGUGGGGCGGGGUGUGGCUGAAGGAAGGCCUGGCGACGUGGGCCGCAGUCAGGGGAGUGGACGCUGCAGAACCGACAUGGAGAGUGAAAGAGCGGUACUUCGUGCAGUCCCUCCACCAGAUCCUCCCAGUGGACUCGUCCAGCCUGUCCCACCCCCUUCAGCUGACCGUGACAGGGCCGCAGGACGUGACGAGGGGCUCGUCUCUAAUGAGGAUGCUGAACACCAUACUGGGCACGGCAUUUAGGAAAGGGAUUUUGAAAUAUCUUCAAAAGUACAAAUACUCCAACGCAGGGCAGAACGAUCUUUGGGCGUGUCUAACCGAGGUGGUGCAAGAGGACGGGCGUACCGACGUGCAGGUGAAAGAGGUGAUGGACACCUGGACGUUACAGAUGGGCUUCCCUGUCGUCACGGUUACCAGGGACUACAGCAACGGCAGGGUCACGGCCACACAACGUCACUUCCUGUAUGACCCGGAAGUGAAUGUGCCGGAUAGUCUGCGCAAUUAUGUAUGGCAAGUGCCACUGACCUUCAUGUCACGUGAGAGCGGGAAUACGUCACUUGGCAACGGGGAUACGUCACGUGGUAACGGGACUGUGUCGAUCCCUGGCAUAUUCUGGCUGAGGAAAAGAGAAGAGGACUUCCGUCUCUCCGUCGAUGCGAGUUCGAGGUUACUGGCAAACAUCAACCAGACAGGCUACUACAGAGUCAACUAUGACGUCAGAAACUGGCAACUUUUGGCGGAAGACCUAGACACAGUCACCUUUCAGAACAUUCCGACUCAGAGCAGAGCAGGGCUCAUAGAUGAUGCUUUCAAUCUUGUUCGGUCAGGGCAUCUCGCUCCUGAAGUCGCGCUCAACCUCUCGCGAUAUCUGACGCGAGAGCGGGAGUACCUGCCGUGGCUGGCUGCCGAAAGGGCUUUCGGGUACUUGCACAUGAUGCUGGCUGACACCAAGAGCAGUUCGGAUCUCAAGUGGUUGUGA